CGCGCCAUUGGCAGGUGAAGUGCCGCAAAUCCUGAUGACCAAGCGCGCAGAAUGGACGGCCGGGGAGCCCGUGGGUUCAAACGAGCAUGGACUUCACUUCACGUCGACAGCGUCAAGCUUUUUGUCAGAACAUCUUCCGGGCGCGCCGAUCAUGCCCGAUUGCGUGCACUGGUCGGCAGACAGCAAGCUUGCGUGCGUUACGGACGAGAAUAUCAUGAUCUCGACGUACCUCAACAAAGACCUAAGUCGCUUCCUGCUCCACCCGCCAUUUCUCACGCGCUACUUCUUGCCACUGCCUGCAAAGCACACGGACUAUCCAGAGCCGCCGACGCUCGACGGCAUUCACGAAGACGAGCUGGACGCACCCGGCACGACAACGUGUCGCAUUCUGAACGAACAGGCGAGAAAACAGUCGUCGAAUCCGAGGGAAAUCUCUCUCACGAAAGGCGAGCUCAGCAUGACGUUCACAGCGGCCGUAUGGGGUCCUCGAGGAUCUGCUCCCAACAUGUCGUGCGCGAUUGCGACACUGACAUCAAACGGCCAAGUCGGCGUAAACUACCCGUCUGCGCUGGAUCUGCAGUGGAAGGAAGUGGUGUCCGUGUCCAAGCACCUCAAGCGUCAUGUUGCGGCCAACGACUGGUCGUCAACGGACGCUACCACUACUGCCGACUUGCUCUUUGCAGUGCCGUUGCCGCGAUUCCCUGUCCAGUACAGGUCCAAAGCGUCGGUUGGGAGAGCUUCCGACGCAAAGCGCCAAAAGGUUUCGGCAGCAUUCGUUGAAGCGUCCGACCUCGUCUCUGUCACAUCCCUUGCGUGGUCGACUGCUACCCACGACGCAUCGAGUGGCAGGAAUGUCUCGUACUUGGUACUGUGCGGGAAGGUGCUCACGACUGUGUGGCGAUUCGUCCACGACAUGCGUAGCUCGGAUGUGUCGCGGCUCGAGGACGCGCCGAUUUCGACGGGGGUGACCCGACAGUAUGGCUGGCCCACGUGCUGCACGUGGAUGCACAUGGAAACAAAUGCGUUCGCCAUGGGCACUUCCAGUGGAAAUGUGCUCUUGAUGCGAUUGACUGUGCACUCGAAAGGCGGCGGCGCAACGAUGGCCGUGGAGCGUGUCAUGAAAACGCCACAGAUGCAGCCCGUGUACGCAGUGCAGUACUCGCUGACCAGUGUGUGCGUCGGUGGUGGCAGCUCCAUCACGGUAUGGCCUGUUGGCAACGAUGACGACGCGGCCGACCCCCGUACGUGGGUCGCCCAUGCCAAAAAUAUAUCGAGCUUGGAGCUCAACCACUGCGACGAUGGGCACAUGCUGUUUUCGAGCUCGUCCGAUGGGUGUGUCAAGUGCUGGAACAUUCGAACGGGCGACCAAAUUCCCAUCGACUACCUCCCCGUGAACAACUACCCGAUUUACGGCCUGGCACUGUCCCCGAACGCCGUGCAACUUGCGGUCGGCUACGUCUGCCCUCCAGCGGCAAAACCUUCCCGGAUCACCCAAGCCGACACAACGUAUGCCCGGUUGUCGAGUGGCCUCGAGUGCUUUGCCGCGCCGAAUGCACGAAACGCUACGCUGCUCGCCAACUCGCUCGAGUCGCACUCGAGCAUCGAGUCCCUCGGUGACAUUUUGUCGUACUGCCACGCGAAUUUGACUUCGUUCAACGCCAAGAUGGCCGAAGCCCGUGCGUGGAUUGCUGACGAGAAAGCGGACGCGAUCAACGACGUGGUGCCGUUGCACGAAGAGUUUUGCGCGAUUUUGGAGUCCAAAUUCAACGACCAGUGCACCGCCGCGGAAGAUCCCGACCACAUCUCGCCCAUGUACCUUCAAGUCGCAUACCAAGUUGUGUCCAACAUGCCGACUCCCAACCAACACGCGAAUGUGGCCCGGCUCCAGAAGAAGAUCAUGGCGUUCUGGUGCGACUACAUGUUGCGAGCCGCGACGAAGCAGUUCAGCGGCCAACGCACACGUCAAACAAGUCUACCGUUCUUGCUCAUGGCCGAUUUCUUGUCGUUGGUGGCGUCGCCGCUGUCUGUCGAGCAUCUGGCGUUGUUAAACGCCACUUACAUGGCGUAUGGUACCCCCGCCGACAAGACGCGAGAUCUGACAGCGAACCCAACACCGCCAGUCCGUGAAACGUGCAGCCUCUGUUCCGCACCGAUUCCCCUCACUGAAAAUGUCUUGGAGCCUGUGUGCGACAACGGACAUGCGCUCGAACGGUGCUCCCGGACACUUCGUGUGAUUGAUAGUGUCGCCGCCAUGUGGAAAUGCACCGUGUGCGAAGCUUUUGCGCAUGGAGAUGAGCACGACGAAGGCGCGGACAACGAAAGCGCCCCGGUAUUGGUGUGCCGCCUCUGUGGAAGCUAUUGCCAGCGCGUUGAAUACUGAGCCAGAUAAUGCUAGGGUUAGACGAUAGACGAGUUUGUCCGCUGACUUUACGACGGCGAGUCGGGAAAACUGAGGCGCCAAAAGUCCUCCGGUGUCGCGUACGGUUCCCACUUGGCCCGGUGGCGUGAACAAGCGAACUGGUGGCCUUCAAACUCGUCACCCAGCGCAGCGUAAUAUUGGGCACACUCUUCACAAGCAUGGCCAGGUAGCGCCAUGCGGGCAUCGCGGUUCCGGACGACUUCGAUAUACUUGAAAUCAGGCCGACUGUUAGGUCGAGCGAUGUCCCGAUCGGAGCGACGUUGACUCGUCGCAGAGGUAGUAGAAGUUGUUGCUUUCGCUGCUCGAGUGGAUGGGACGUGCGAGAGGGUAUAGGAUAUCUUGCCGCCUGGGCGAGAUGAGUCUAACGAGAUGGCCUGCUCAACAGCGGGGGAAACGUUUUGAGGAUCGUGCUUCGCUCGCUUGAGAGGAUGGUUCAUCAUGUCCUUAAGAUCGGCUGACAUGUUAGCAGAGCGCGAAGAUAGCGGAGCGGCGACUUGCAUGGAUGAUCCCUUGAGGAAUCCAUUUUUGCAACCAAGGUUUUCAGAGUCGUCACUUGGACGACGAGUCGAUAUAAAGCCAUCUUUGAUUUGUCGAGGUUGCACUGACACUUGACCUACCAUCACAGAUGAUGCAGGCAUGCCACUCGUAACAGUGUCGCCUCGAGCGCGGAUGGAUUCCUUGGAGUCAUUGCGGUCGCCCUCUGCCACGAUAUCAUGGUGCAGUUUAGAUUGAUCACGAAAUGGCGUGUCCAGGCUAAUACUUGGACCUUGUGUGUAGUGAUUAUUCUUUUGAGUUGACGGCACUGUGUCAUGCCGGGCUUCCUGCUUUGCUCUUGACCUGCGCUGUUCCAACUUGCGUUGUUGCUUCUCAAUCACAAGUUGCUGCUGUUCGAGGGUCUUUUGAAGCAGUCGAAAGCGUUGGGCCAGCACGGCAAGCUUUGUUCGAUACACGCAUUGAUGCAAGCUGUCACGUCCUUCUUCCUUCGUUCCUCCUUGCACAAGCGUGCACGACGGACACAGUUCGGAUGCCAUGGUGCUCCCGCGGCAAAGAUGCUUCCAAGUUUCGC